GACGAGCCGGUUCCGCCUCAUCCCAUCCUCUCCGCCGCCGACGCAUCCGCCGCCGCCGAUCCAAGGCAAGCAUGGUAGGUAGCCAACCAGGCGAAAGCAACGGCGGUGCCAUGGAUUCCAUCCUUACCGUUGCCGGACAGAUGAAGCAGUUGCCUGCGUACGCUAUUAGCCUGUUCCGCGACUACGACGUCAAGGGCGUCGCGGCCGCGUUGGCCGAAGUUGUAAAUUGCUCGUACGAGGUACAGAUGGAAGUCUUCACUAAAGCUCUGGAACAGUCCAAGUAUUCUGGUGCCAUUGGAGCAUUCCCCAACGAAGGCAAGGCCAAGGACGAGGAAGAGGAGGGCGUGGUGGAUGAAGAUGAGGAGGGCGUGGUGGAUGAAGAUGAGGAGGACUGUGAAGGUGAAGAUGAUGAGAUACUGACGCUUCAAGUCCCUUAUGAAGGCGAACGAGAGCGCAAGAAGCCAAGACUAGCAGAAGGCUUUGGGUGCCAGGCUGAGGCUGACGUUUAGUCAGUAAUGAUUUAUGUGGUCCGUUGAUUGAAGCAACAAGAGGCAUUUCGACAGUGACUGCGUUGUUGUUUCCCCUGUAGAUGUCUUGAAAAAUGGGCCUUAGUUAUCAUUUGCCAUCUGUAAACAAGAUCUAUUAUAUGACUGCAUCCUUAAGAACAUGUUUCAUCCUGAAUAACAUGAUCGUCAUUCGUAUUGUUGGCAUGCUUGGUACCUAUGGUGCUUUUUUAUGUCUGCACAAC